AUGGUGGAACUACGAGUUUUCCCCCAGUUUCUUAAAAGCCUAGCCCAAGGCCACACCACUCGCACCCAACUCCAUCAUGGAGAGCGCCAGCUCUUCUUUGACAAGACACCUAUUUUUCACGUUAAGAUGCACGGCCCCGUGCGAUUCAACAUUCCUUGCACUACCCCGCAAGUCGACUUCGACGAUGAUGAGUAUGAGUGUGACGAUGGAGGGUGGAGAAGUUUCUUGAAAGGCGUUGAGGAAGAAGAAUACAAGGAAAGAAUCCCGGAGGAGGAAAAAGAGAUUGAUCUGAGAGCCGAGGAGUUCAUAGCUAAAUUCCAUGAGCAAAUGAAGAUUCAAAGACAAUCUCUCGUCUUCAGUACAAUGACAUGGACAAAUGAAGAUUCAAAGACAAAUCAUUUCGUGACCAUUUCUUCCUUUCUAAAAGAUUGCCGCAUUUUGUAA